UUCUUCCAUUGCUGCUGCUGAUCUGCUCUCUCUCUGCAGCUCAGAUUCAAGCAGAGUCUGACAAUGAACUUGGAGAAAGUUUAAGACAAACUGAGUCGACAGGAGGAGAAGCAGGAAAUGUCUCUGGCCAACAACAAACACGUACGGAGGAUAUCCAUGCAGUGCUGAGAGAGAUGAGCGGCAUGUUGGCUGGACUGAAGGUUGAGAUGAGAUUCUUGCAUAAAGUACAGGCAGAUAAGAUUUAUCAACUGGAGUCUCAAAAUACGGAGCUGAAUCAACAGUACCAAGAGCAGGCAGCUAAGCUGGCAGAACAGGCAGCUAAGCUAGCAGAACAGGCAGCUGAACUUCUCACCAUUAAAUCCAGAGCAAACACAACAGAAAACCAUGUGAACGCUCUGACAAGAGAAGGAAAAGUGAAACGAGUGGCUUUCUCAGCGUCUUUGUUCGCUUCUGGCUCAGCAACUCUUGGACCAUUUAACACAGAAACGAACCUGAUCUUCAGAGAGGUUGUUACAAAUGUUGGAAAUGCCUAUAACCCAAACACAGGGUUUUUCACAGCACCGGUGAGAGGAACCUACCACUUUGAGUUCUACAUUGGUGGACAUGGACAUCCUUCACAUGCUAGUGCUGCUGCGCUGUUCAAGAAUGGAGACCAGGUUGUUAUGGCUUGGGGACAUCAGACUUCAGGGUAUGCUAGUCCAGCUAAUGGUGUCGCUUUGCUAUUAGAAGUUGGAGAUGUUGUGUUUUUGCGCCAGCCGCGAAACACAAGAAUUUAUGACAAUCAGAAUCACCUCAACACCUUCAGUGGUAAUCUACUUUUCAUCAUGUGAACAGUAACAGUUUCUUAUUCUCCUUUUCACUCAGUGAACGUCAUGUAGUUCUGUAUGAGAAAUCAGUAUAGCCACUAAAUAUUUUGACCCAAACACAUAAUCUUACUAUCAGAAAAAGUGUGAUUUUCACUUUCAUAAAUUUCUCCAUAACUGUACACUAUAAAAUACAGUGAUGAAAUGUUCUAGGAAGAUGUUCCUAUGAUAUUGAUUUAGAGAAUUGGAGAUAUUUAUAGGAACAUGUUAGAGGUUACCAAGGUGUGUUGAUUGUUCUAUCUCACAAUGUUAGAUACCCUUCCUGUAUCCAGAUCAGCUUUAGAACCCACUAACAUGCUCCUUGGACCACAGUGUCCACUUACCUAUACCUGGUGUACCGAAUAAAAUCAUGUGGCUUCUGAGCUUUUACAUACAUGUGCUUUAUGUACAUCAAGAUGUGGUUUAAAUAUAGACUUUUAGAUUUUGUUUAGGGGAAAUUAAAGAGGGAAACUGACCAGCUACGAUCAAUGAGGUUCUUUUUAAUCGACUGACUUAAUAUGUUCAAAUGUCAACAUUGUUGUUUAAAAUUAAAGCUUUAAGUUUAUUUACCCUUCA